CCAGGAGAAACCUCAGUGUGAAAAUGGACUCUCUCCUGUAAAGGUCUAUGAUGGCUGUUGUUACCACUAUGAGUGUCAAUGUACAUGCACUGGAAUGGGAGAUCCUUAUAUCACCUUUGACGGGACAUAUUAUGCUUACCAUGGAAACUGCACAUAUGUUUUAGUCAAAGAGAUAAUAGCAAAAUACAAUUUCAGCGUUCACAUCAAGAAGAGCUACUGUGACAACUCAAGCCACUUGGCCUGCCAACAGUACUUAACCGUUUACUACAAGUCACACAAGGUCCUGCUUGAACAGCAAGUAAAUCCAAAGGUACAUGUAAAUGGCAGAAGAGCAUUCCCCACCUUUUCUAACAAUGAUUUCAUCAUAAGAAGCACAGGGAUUGAACUACGAAUGGACAUCCCUGACAUUAAAACGACAGUGGUUUUCAAAGGCUCUACAUUCUACAUCACCCUGCCCAACUCGCUUUUCCAUGGCAACACGGAGGGCCACUGUGGAAACUGUGACAACAACCGCACCAAUGACUGCAGCCUUCCCAACGGCCAGACUAAACCGUCAUGCCCCGAGACGGCUCGGCACUGGGUAGUGAACGCCUCUGAAUGCCCUGCGCCACCAACAACACCCCCCACGGCCCCACCACCUACUUGCAAGCCUGCUCCGCUCUGUGAGAUCAUUCUAAGCAAGGUUUUUGAAAAGUGUCGGGAAGUUUUGCCGUACGAGUGGUACUACAAGGCCUGCCAAGACAGCGUGUGUGGGGGUAACAACAGCUCAGGCUGCCACAGUCUGGGAGCCUUUGCUGAGGCCUGUGCGAAAUACUCAGAGAAAUACUGUGUUGAGUGGAGGAGUCUUACCAAAGGGGUUUGUGAGCACGAGUGUCCAAAAAAUAAAGUGUACAAGUCAUGUGGAUCCGUAAUACAGAAGACAUGUAGCUGUACAGAGGAGACAGACUGCCAGGGUGAUGAACAGUUGUGUCCCAGCACGAAAGCAGAAGGCUGUUACUGCGCUGAAGGAAAGGAUAUCUUCAGUCCCUACUCAGAUGAGUGUGUAGUUUGCCAUGAUGUUUGCACAGGCCCUGGUGGCAUGCCCAAGAAGCUUGGCGAGACCUGGCGUUAUGGGUGUAAGGAGUGUGAGUGCAGCUUCGCCUCUUUGUCCGUUGAGUGCUGGCCUGUCCAGUGCGAUCCCAAGCCCAUCACCUGCCCACUGGGCAAAAGGAAAGUUAGUAAGACUGUGGACUGCUGCAUGCAGUAUGAAUGUGAACCUAAAGAAGUUUGCGUUUUCGACAACACGGAACGGCAGCCUGGUGAGAAGUGGUCACCUUCCAAUGAUACGUGUGUGAAAUACACCUGUACUAAACAAAAUCAUCAGUUUGUGGUCGUGGAGGUCAUAACCACUUGUCCUAGGAUCAACACUGAAGACUGCAUACCCGGCACUGUGCGCACCGAUGCCGCUGGAUGUUGCAAGAUCUGCACUCCGAAGAGCUGCAAAGUCUCAAAGAAGGAGGCCUACCUGGAGAUCAGUGACUGUAACUCCACAGCUCCUGUAGAGCUGACUGUCUGCUCUGGGGCUUGUGCCACUUACUCCAUGUAUUCGUCUGAGAUGAACACUGUGAUGCACAACUGCGCUUGCUGUCAAGAACAGAGAACAAGUGAGAAACAGGCAGAGAUGCGCUGUACCAACGGGACAACCAUCACCCACUCCUACGUCUACAUCGAAGAGUGCGGCUGCGAGACACAAAAGUGUGUGGAGAAAAUAAAUGGAUAAAACUCUAUUUAUAUUUUCACCCUUGCCCUUAAUGGUCAUGAGCGAGAUGCAUCAAUCUAAGCUCAGCCUUGAUAUACUUAGUUGAGCAAACCAUCCUCACAAGUUAAGAUUUGUUCUGUAGGGCAGAAACUAUUCUUUAUAAACAUAAUGUAGUAAAUGUUAUUAUUCCGAUAAAUCUCUUUGAAUCAUUAAACAUUGUCUGUUACAAAGUAAUUUCUAUCUCUUCUGUGACUUUUUGCUCAUAGAAUCAUCAAUAUAUAAAUACUUUCUGUAUAAUUUUUUAUCUGUUGGUGUGGUGAUGCAUGUUUUAAAAUAUAUUCAUUUCUAUUAAAGUCUAUGAACAGCA